UAAAAAAUAAAUUAACUUCUAAAGAGAUUAUUUUUUUUAUUUAUGAUUUCUGAAACAAGCCGGCUAUAAAGUUUAUAACUUUGGUAUUUUAUAACUUUAUAUAUACAAGUGAAACUAAAGUACUUUACAAUUAAACGUAUUAAAAUUAUUUUUUUCUUGCAAUAAGUGCGCAACUUUGAUCAAAGACGAAUUACUUCAAAUUUAGCCGCUUCGAAAAUUACAGAGCGCAAAAGACAGGUGAACUAGCGCAGAAAGCGAAGAUAAAUUGAGCGAGGCGUCCAUAGGAAACACGAAAACGCCGGAAGUCUGUGUCAACUUUCGAAAUAAAGUGCUAACUUUACAACCUCACCCCUACAUCAACAAGUGGGCUGGACUAUAAACAGAGUCGACACCGGAUACCAGAGAUCUAAUUUUAGUAAACUUCAAAUACAACAUCUCGAGAAAAAUAAUUAUAAAUUUUCUCGAGACAAGAAUUCAAACCGGAAGUAGUUUUUACAUAACCGGUAGUGGGUUUUUUUUUGCGAACGUUCAAGAGACAUUUUACCAAAGCAAUUUUAACCAAGAAGUGUAUUCCAAGAUUAUUCAACAAAAAUGGAUUUUUCCUGACUGGGGUAUAGACAGUGAAACAUUUUAUUUUCACUACUUCUUGAAAAAACGAAGAAACGAGAAUACUUUGCUAAAGAAAAUAUUUAUUUAUUUAUAAGUUACCUUGGAUUUGAAAAGAAAUUCCUAAAUUAUUCCGUCCAAUUCAAAAAAAUAAUUAUAAGAAUCUCAAAACAAGGACAUAUUUAGAUCUUUACAGUAAAUCAAUUGUUGGAGUUUCCUAAUUUCUUUUGUCGUGAAAAGAAGACAGACCGCAACCAACAGACCAUGAAACCCCAAGCUGUCGUCAUGGCAACCAUCGUGGUGCUACUCAUCAUUCUCGCGACACUCGGCACCACAGAAGCUAAACCAUACAAAAAUGACAUACUUUCAGGGAAGAGAAGUUGUUGGGGUCCCAUGUGCGCGAUGGGCAAUAUGGGAGCACACGCAGGGAUGAAAGCUGCUCGCCAAGCCUUAUUGGUAUAUCUACGCGCAUGCGCAGCAGAUCCCAAAUGUUCACCAGGUAAAAGACGAAGAAGGAGUUUACCGAACGUGUCAAGUCUCAGUAAAAUCCUGCGGAUCGACAGACGGAGAACGUAACCCUAUAACUUACAGUGAUCCUCAUGUUAUUCCUGUAUGGGCCCUGUAGACAACAGGACAGACUUUGAAAUUGUGACUACUGUUAAUUUAUUGCUUUAUAUUAUUUAUUUCCUACCUUGGAUAAUUUAUUAAAUGUUUUUGCAUUUAUUAAAAGCGAAGUUUUGCUUUUUCCGUGACUGGUGUAGAAUAAAAAUGUCGGGAUUUCGGAUUGUUAUAUUUUGUUUUGAAGUUAGAGUUUAUUCUCUGAAUGAUAAAGGAAUCCCAACCUUGAAAUCAGAGAUUUUUGUAUUUAUUAUUUAUUAUUUUUAAGUCCACAACAUAUAUGUAUUAAAAUUUUGAAAUUAAUUUUUUUUAUCCAUUUCCAAUUUAGUUUAAAAAGUAACACAAAAAGCAAAUUGUUUUAUUUCAAAAUGAAAUGUGUUAUCGAAGAUAGGCUCUUGUCUAGUUAUAGAUUUAACAAAACUUUAUAUUAUUAAUUAGCUAAUAUAUUUUUUUUAAAGAAAAAUAUUUACCGGAAAAUAUUAGGUUAGUAAUAUUUUGAAUUGCCAUGAGGAAAAGGAAUCUUACUUUUGAUUCAUUAUUUUGUGUUAACUUCAAUGUUAAUUUCUUUGUUAACUUCUUUGUUAACUUCCGUUCUUUGAUGACUGUUAAAACAAAGUUGUGUUACCCGCGAGUUGCUUUCACCGUGUGUACCAUAGCGUUAGAGCCCCUGAUUUGUGUUACCUAGCAACCAUCUCACUGUUACCAUGGGAACCCAGUUUUGUUGUCAUUUGUCAAAACCCUGUCGUCUGCUUACAGUGGGAAAAUUUUGGAAAAAUUCAAAAUGUUGAAAUUAAUUUAUGCUUAAACUUUAUUUAUUUGACGAUUGUAUUUUCAAUUUUUUUUUUAGAUUUAAAAUAUGUCCAUCUUUUCGGAGUUUUCGUAUUCAAAUUACUAACAUUUGUAUAUGCGAAUUUUUUUUAUUAAAAUAUGUAAUUAUUUUUAAAAAUAUUAUUUAUUUGAAACCAAUAUUAAUUUAUCAUAUCCUUAAAAAUUACAAUUUCAAAAGAAUUUAAACAUAGACUGAAAAUAAUAAAAAUAUGAAAUGGAACGGAUUUUAUUGAUUAAUUUAUAAACACAUAUUACUUUUAAUUUUAAAUUUCGACCGUGGGUGUAAUUUUAUGUUCGAAAAUAUUUUCAUGAAAUUUGUGUUAUAUUUACACGGCUAAAGACGGGAACCACGUGGUUUUUGUGUCGCCCUCCAUAUAGUCUCGGGCUGUGAACAUUCCAUAGACAAACGAGGUGUAUACCCUAUUGAAAUAAUUAUUUACAGU